GUUCCCAGGGUGCAGGCUGAUCAGCCCCAGGCCAGGUUAAGGCUAAAAUCCGAUGAGGUCAGUUAAAGUUGAUUAUUCUGGCUGGAGUGAGAGCAACUAUGUUGGCAAAUUGCUACUUGCGGCUGAGCUCUAGAUUUGGUCUUCUGCGCUGUGGUUUCCGCGCCCUCGGCAACAAUGGCCAACGAAGCUUGGUCUCCUGCAUCGAUCCUUCCAUUGGACUAAAUGAAGAGCAGAAAGAAUUUCAGAAAGUUGCCUUUAACUUUGCUGCCCAAGAGAUGGCUCCAAAUAUGGCAGAGUGGGACCAGAAGGAGCUCUUCCCAGUGGAUGUAAUGCGGAAGGCAGGGCAGAUAGGCUUCGGAGGAAUCUAUGUCCAAACAGAUGUAGGUGGUUCCGGACUGUCCCGGCUUGACACCUCAGUCAUCUUUGAAGCCUUGGCCACAGGCUGUACCAGCACAACAGCCUAUAUCAGCAUCCACAACAUGUGUGCCUGGAUGAUUGAUGCCUUUGGAAAUGAGGAACAAAGGCACAAAUUUUGCCCACCACUCUGUACCAUGGAGAAGUUCGCUUCCUACUGCCUUACUGAACCAGAUAGUGGAAGUGAUGCCGCCUCCCUUUUGACCUCAGCUAAACAACAAGGAGAUCAUUACAUCCUCAAUGGCUCCAAGGCUUUCAUCAGUGGUGCUGGUGAAUCAGACAUCUAUGUUGUCAUGUGCCGAACAGGAGCACCAGGCCCCAAAGGCAUUUCAUGCAUAGUUGUUGAAAAGGGGACACCUGGCCUCACCUUUGGCAAAAAAGAAAAAAAGGUGGGGUGGAACUCUCAGCCAACACGCGCAGUGAUCUUUGAAGACUGUGUGGUGCCUGUGGCCAACCGGAUUGGGAAAGAGGGCCAGGGCUUCCUCAUUGCCAUGAAAGGACUGAACGGAGGGCGGAUCAAUGUUGCUUCCUGCUCUCUAGGAGCUGCUCAUGCAUCUGUCGUCCUCACCCGAAACUACCUCAAUGUCCGAAAGCAAUUUGGGGAGCCUCUGUCCAGUAACCAGUACCUGCAGUUCAAGCUGGCUGAUAUGGCCACGAGGCUGGUGGCCUCAAGGCUGAUGAUCCGCAAUGCAGCGGUGGCUCUGCAGGAGGAGCGAGAGGAUGCAGUGGCCCUGUGCGCCAUGGCCAAGCUCUUUGUGACAGAUGAAUGCUUUAUGAUCUGCAACCAGGCUGUGCAGAUGCAUGGAGGCUAUGGCUACCUGAAAGACUAUGCUGUGCAGCAGUACAUGCGUGACUCCAGGGUCCAUCAGAUCCUAGAAGGUAGUAACGAGGUGAUGAGGAUGCUGGUCUCUCGAAGCCUUCUACAAGAGUAACAUCCAGACUUGGUGUCCUGGUCUGUUGUCCAUCAUGCAUCACAGAUCAGUACAUGGACUGUUGUGUUACAAAUGACUCCUGGAGAGAAUCCAAAGGCUGAGCUUUUCCCACAAACUCUUCCCUCUGCUGGCAGUGGUUUCUUCUGUAGAAGGGGACAGAACCCUCAGCAGAACUGGAGGAAUCACCCUGAGGGAAGGUCAGAAGGUGUACUGCCUUAUCUUCUUAAUGCAGAAAGCUGACAUGAUGACUCACCUCCACAUUCUUUCUUACAUCCACCUUCUCUUGAUCUGUCUACAUUUGGCUGAUUCACCCAUUCCUUUCUCUCCAGGGAUCUGAGUACUUCACUUCUAGAUUCUUUUUUGAGCUAAUAAGCCAAGGAAUGGGAUGGGAAAAUGGAGAGUCCUCCUUCUGUCCUUUGAGCCUCAGCCAAUGAUGCAGGUGUUUCUGUGGGUCACACUUCCUUUGUUGCACUCCGCUGAAUGAAAUCAUGACAAAAUGAGCAUCAGGAAAACUGCCCAGAAGCAUUGAUGUAAGGUUUUAUCACUUCCCCACUAUCUGGGUCUUGGGUGAGAUUAUCUGGAAUGAUGAAUAUUUAUUAUUGUUGGUUUGGAGGUGGUGUUUGUUUGUUUGAUUUUCCUAAAGAAAACCUGACCUAGUACAAAAGUGGGUGUUAGGCUGAUAUUUGUGCCUUUCAUAAGAACUGAUGAAAUGCUACUUUUUACAAAAUCCUGAGGUCUGGGAAUGAUAGUCAAGAUGUUUCUAUAAGCCUUCCUGAUAAGUACCAUGAGUAAAUAUUUUUCUGAGUUUUUGUUUUCCCUUGUGAAGCUAAUUCUCUUGUAGAAAUAUUUUUGAUUACACAUUGAUAAAUGAAAUCUAUCACUCUCUGUACCAUC